AUGAUCAUCUGGCAAGGCGUUCACCACUAUGAACAACAAAGGUGCAAUCCCGUUGACGAGUAUUAUUUGAUUGUGUGUGCCACCGUUGGAGGAGUGGCCGUAUGGCGCUUUACUAUUUUACGACGAGUAUUGGCAGAGGUACUGGUGCAAGGCAACAUUCUGCAGGAAAUAGCUCAUGGAGAUAUAGAGAUAUUCACACAUAAACCUGGCGAGCAAAUAGAAUCUAUCUUGUUUAUUGCUACACCAUCAACUGGAGCUCCAAUAACCCACUUAUGCUUUACUCCGGCAUCCAUAUUGACAACGCAUUUCUUCGACAUCGAACUAACUGGCGAAGGGGAAGACAGUCACAAUAUAAAUCACGACGCUUUUGAAGAUACAAAGGUUAUGCCUGCCCCUAUUUCAGACGAUGCAUCAAAAAGGAAAUUACCAUUUGUAGUAUUAUAUAUACGCUAUCGGAGACGACAAUUUGAUAAAAUCGACAACGUAUCCGUGGGAGAAGAUGGAGAGAAUGGGGAAUAG